UGUAAACGUUAGUUUAAUCGUUAAUUGAAUAGCGAGACAUAAUCACAGAAUGAAAUUCUGGGUAUUUUUAUUUCUUGUAAUUGUUACGGUCCACGCCAACUCUGAAGAAGAUGAAUGGACCAAAUUCAAGGUAAAUCAUAGGAAACUGUACAGAAGCUCGUCGGAAGAAAACGUGCGGGAAAAAAUCUUCAAAAGCAACUUGCGCAAAAUCAACGGCCACAACAAAAGGUAUCAAAGGGGCGAAAUUUCAUAUGAACUGGGCAUCAACCACUUCGCUGACAUGACCAAGGACGAAUUCACGAACAUGCUGAACUUGCAGAAGAAACUUAGACCGUACAUACUAAGAGAAAACUUUUACCCCGCGGUGGAAUCGCCAGAACAGCUUCCAGCGGUACUGAACUGGACUGAAAAAGGAGCCGUUACCGAAGUUAAGGAUCAAAGGAUAUGCGGGUCCUGUUGGAGCUUCAGCACGACGGGCGCCAUCGAAGGCCAGCUGUUCCUCAAAACCGGGAAUCUAACCCCUCUCAGCGAACAGAACCUGGUGGACUGCGUCACAGACUGCUUUGGCUGUAUGGGAGGACUCAUGGACAAAGCUUUGGACCACGUAAGUCGGUAUGGCAUUAUGGCAGAAAAAGAGUAUCCUUACGAAGGGCGCGAUGGACGUUGUCGGUUCGAUAGUUCGAAAAGUAUUACUAGAAUUCAGUCAAUUUGGUUUAUUCCAUCGAACGAUGAAUACGCCUUACAAACAGCUGUGGCCGAAGUGGGUCCGAUAUGUGUGGCUAUAGACGCAACGGACCUACAAUUUUACAGUGGAGGAGUAUACCAAAACGACUUUUCUUGUGGUAACAGUAUAUGGAACUUAAAUCAUGGAGUUCUAGUGGUGGGUUAUGGCACAAUUAAUGGAUCAGACUACUGGCUAGUGAAAAAUUCUUGGGGAAAGUCUUGGGGAGUUCAAGGGUACAUUCUGAUGGCACGAAACAAAAACAACCAAUGUGGAAUCGCAACAGACGCCUUGUUUCCACAGUUGUAAAACUUUAGGUACAAAAAUUGUGAACUGUUUGAAAACAAAAUAAUAUUAUAUAUUAGGCUAAUAAUAUUUAUAUAAUUGUUUGUUUUAU